UUUCUAUGAAUUGUCCUAGUCUCCAAGCCCCAAACACCAUUUCAUUUUUAUUCAUCUUGAAACAAUCAACAAAAUCCACACCCCCAUCUAAAUCCCAAAACCCCCCUAAUAAUUUCCUCCAAAAAAAUGGCAAUGAGCAACAACAUCAUAGGAUUCAUAAACCUACUUGCUGUAAUAAUCUCAAUCCCAAUCAUUGGUGCUGGAAUCUGGCUAACAAACGAACCAGCAGACACAUGUAUCAAAUUUCUCCAAUGGCCAGUAAUAAUCCUAGGUGUUCUUCUCUUAAUUGUCUCUCUAGCUGGUCUCAUUGGUUCUUUUUGGAGAAUAUCAUGUCUUCUCAUAUUCUACCUAGUUGCUAUGCUUGUUCUCAUUAUACUUCUUGUUUGUUUGGUUGUUUUUGUUUAUAUGGUCACUGUUCGUGGUCAUGGUAUGAUUGAACCUAAUAGAGCUUAUUUGGAAUAUCGUUUGGAUGAUUUUUCUGGGUUUUUGAAAAGAAGAGUUAGAAGUUCUUUUAAAUGGGAUGCUAUUAGGAGUUGUCUUAGUGAAACUAAUAUGUGUGCUGAGUUGAAUCAGAAUUUCAGAAUGGCUCAAGAUUUCUUUAAUGCUCAUCUUACACCAAUGCAGUCAGGGUGUUGCAAACCACCAACACAAUGUGCAUACACAUUUGUGAACCCAACUUAUUGGAUUAGUCCAAUAAACAAUGCAGCAGAUAUGGAUUGUCUUCAAUGGAGCAACGACCAAACACAACUUUGUUACAAUUGUGACUCAUGCAAAGCUGGUUUGUUGGCAAAUCUUAGAAAGGAAUGGAAAAGAGCUAAUGUGAUUUUGAUAAUCACUGUUAUUGUUUUAAUUAUCGUUUAUUUAAUCGGGUGUUUUGCUUUUAGGAAUGCCAAAACUGAAGAUCUCUUUCGCAAAUACAAACAAGGCUAUACUUAACUUGAUGAUCACAAGAUUCAAAUAAUAGUAGUAAUAUUAUGAUUGUGAUGUAAAACUUGGUGAUGAACAUUUUUUUUUUGUCGGUAGACAAAGUCACUAACCAAAACUCAAACACCUAUGAUGUCUCAAAUUCGAACCAAAAUGAACGUGUUCAAUCUGACAAUAUCAACAUUGAAUGUUGAGUUAGAUUUUGUGAAUAUCGGAUCAUUUUGUUUAGUUUAAUUAGUGUCUUAUGUUGUUGUGUUGGGAGAAAAGUUUAAAAAAAUUCUAUGUAUGAAUUUGUGUGUUCCACUUUUUAUUGAGUAGAAAA